AUGAAUAUCGAACAUUUUGAAUAUUAUGAACUUUAUUCAAUAUCAUCAAAUAUGUCCAAUGAUUCUGUGAUUAAAUUUAUUAUCAAUUUUCAUCGUAUAUAUCCUUGGUUAUUAUUUCCAUUUGGUUUUAUUGGUUCAUUAUUAACAAUCUUUAUAUUUACACGAAAAAAAUUUCAAAAAUUUGGUUGUUCAAUAUUAUUUGUUGCCGAAAGUUUUAUGGAUUUAAUAUUGAUUACAUUAAAUUGUAUUCGUCUUAUAAUACGUUAUACAUUUCAAUCCUAUUUUUUACAACGUUCAUUAUAUUUAUGUCGAACAUAUAAAUUUCUAACAAGUUAUUGUUCUCAUUGUGCUGUAUGGAUUUUAUGCGUUAUAUCACUUGAACGUGCUGCUGUUACAAAACGUUAUGUUUGGAAUCAAAAUGUUUUUAGUCGUAAACAUUCAUAUUGUACAUUAAUAUUAAUUUAUAUUAUAUUAUUUUUUCUUAAUAUACAUUAUUUAAUAUAUUUUGGUUCAAGACAAGAAGAAGAAAAUAAUGAUUUAGGAAAUAAUAAAACAAAAAAUAAUUUCUUUAUUAUGUGUAGUUCAAAUUUAACACGUUUAUCAAAAGAAACCUAUGAAUCAUUUUUGAUUUAUUAUUUUUCUAAAAUGGAUUUUUUAUUAAAUUCUUUAAUACCAUUUAUUAUUAUUUUACUUGCAAAUACAACUGUUAUGUCUUCAGUUUGUAAAUCACGUAUUUUAAUGAAACAAUUAGGUGUAAGACAAACACGUUCACCACGUGAUACACAGUUAGCAUAUAUUUUAUUUGUUUCAACAUUAAUUUUUUUAUUAUUAACAUUUCCAUUACGUGUCUUUUCUGUUAUUGAACCAUAUUUAAAUUAUGAUGAAAAAUAUUUAAUUUUAUUAGAUGGUAUUAUGAGAUUUUUAUUAUAUCUUGAUCAUGGUUGUGGAUUUUAUCUAUAUACAUUUACAGGCGAAUUAUUUCGUCGUGAAUUAAAAAAAUUUAUUUAUGAAUGCGUAUUUAAAAUAUUUCAUUGGCCAUAUGUCGAACCAAGACAUCAAAAUGAAUUAAGUUGUUCAAAUGGUGGUGCAUGUUCACAUGUUUUACAUCAAUCACAACAUGCAAAUAUUCUAUUAAGAGAUUCUAUAAGUAGUUUUACUGGACCUGGAACUACUACUGUUAUGAAAUCAUCUUUACAUUCACUUCAAACACAUAGAACUUCGAAUUAUUCAGCUUAUCAUCAAUGUCUUUUUGCAAAGCCUCGUAUGACAAAUACAUUGUCAACAUCAUUGUCACGUUCAAAAUUUAGUUAUCCAAUAGAAAAACAAAAUUUAUUAACAUCAGAACAAAAACGUGGACUUGUUAAACGACAUAGUUCAUCUUGUUUUGAAUCUCAGUAUAGACCAUUACUUAUUCCAUAUACAUCACAGAAUAUAAACCCUACACAUAAUCUUGAUCGAAUGAGUGAUAUUUCGGAUCCAAUGAGUAAAUCACAAAGUAAAGAACUUUUUAAUAAGAAAAAACAACGUGGUCGAACCAAAAAAAAUAGUAUCGGUGGUGGUGGUCCUGUAAGUACAAGUAAUCCAACAGUAAGCAAUACAGCUGUAACAAAACUAUUUGCACUUCAAACAUCUCAAGGAACGAAUGGUUUAUAUAAUGGUGAAGAUCCAGCUGUUGUUGUUAUUAAUCAUCAACCACCAGUAUUAACUCAAGCAAAAGAAAAACGUACAAAAAUUUGUUGUCUAUUGUAA